AAAUCUCCAAAAAUCUACUAUAAGUACUCCAGCCCUUGGAUCUUUCCUCGUGUAUCUCUAAUCUGAUUGUGAAGUCGCCGAAAGAUCUGCAUCAAAUAUCAUUGUCUGGAGUGGAGCUUGCAAGUUUCAUCACUUAUAUACACUAUACAUACAGAUAAUUUGGAAUAAAGCAAGAAAGGUUACAUAUUGUGGCCAAAAAUCUUGAGAUGGCGGACAAGUCUGAAGCUAUUGUUAAAGGAGAAGAAAAAAAGGUGAAGGAAGAAGUUCAUCUCGAAGUUGAGAGCAAGAUUAAAGAACCAAGUGAAGCGAAGGAGGAAAAGACUGAGAUGGAGCUUGAAGUGAAGACCAAAUCACUGAAGGAAGAGCAGCCAAAAUGCAAGGAAAGCAAUGAGAAAAAACAUAAGGAGAAAGAGAAGAAGAAGAAGAAGAAGAAAGAUGAUGAUGAUGAUGAGCAGAAAGAGAUAGAGAAAGAGGAUAAAAAGAAAGAACCAAAAUCAAAGGAAAAAGAGGAGAAGAAAGAGAAAAAAGACAAGGAAGUUAAGGAGAAGAAGAAGAAGAAAGAUGAUGAUGAGGAGCACAAAGAGAAAGAGGAGAAAAAGAAGGAACCAAAGGUGAAGGAAAAAGAUAAGGAAGUUAAGGAGAAGAAGAAGAAAGAUGAUGAUGAGGAGCAGAAAGAGAAAGAGGAGAAAAAGAAGGAACCAAAGGCGAAGGAAAAAGAUAAGGAAGUUAAGGAGAAGAAGAAGAAGAAAGAUGAUGAUCACGAGCAGAAAGAGAAAGAGGAGAAAAAGAAGGAACCAAAGUCUAAGGGAAAACAUGAGAAAGAGAACAAAGAUAAGGAAUGCAAGGAGAAAGAACAAAAGAAGAAGAAGAAAACAGAUGAUGACGAGGAGGAGCAGAAAGAGAUAGAGAAAGAGGAGAAAAAGGAACCUAGAAAGUCGAAGGAGAAAGAAGAGGAAAAAGAUAAGGAAGUCAAGGAGAAGGGAAAAACGAAGAAGAAGAAAGAUGAUGCAGGGGAGGAAGAGGAAGUAGAGGUGAAGAAGAAGGAUGAAGUUGGGGAUUCGGAGGAUAAAGAAGAUGAAGAGGAAGAGGAAGAGAAAAAAGGGAAAAAGGAAAAAGGAAAGAAAGAGAAGAAGGAAGAUGAAGUAACAAUGGAAUGCAAAGAUGAAGAUAAGGAAAAGAAGAAGAAGAAGCAUAAAGAUGAUGAGAAAGAUGAAGUGAAGAAAACAGACAAGAAAGGGAAGAAGGAUAAAGAAAAAAAGGUCAAGGACAAGGAGGGGUUGGGGGAACAAUCCAAUGAGGAAAUAGAAGAAGAAGAUAAAGAAGAGGUGAAGAAGAAGAAGAAAGAUAAAGAAAAGAAACAUAAGAAGCAGGAGGAGGAGGAUGUAGAUGAGAAGAAGGGCAAAGGUGAAGUUACCUCAAGGGACAUUAAAAUAAAUGAAAAUGAGAAAGAAUCAGAUGGUCAAGCAGAUGGAAAACAAAAAGAAAAGGGAAAGAAUGGUAAGGAUAAGAAAGAGAAGGACAAGAAGGACAAGUGUGAAAAGAAAAGGAAACUCGAGGACAAAAGCAAGGGCAAGGAUCAUGGCAAGCUGAAACAGAAAUUAGAGAAGAUCGACGCCAAACUGGUAGCCCUCCAACAGAAAAAGGCUGACAUCAUGAAGCUGAUUAAAGAAGCCGAGGGUGAGAGUCAAGUCACCGCUGAGAAGCCCAAAGAUACAGAAGAGAAGCUCAAAGAAACGGAAGUGGCCACAGACAAGGUGGCAUAGCAGUAUGUGGUAGACACUUUCUACUGCACUUUUGGCAAUUUUGUUACAUAUCUUGUUUGUACUUAUCUAUGGUUUUGUGUAAUAUAAAAUAUAGUACUUCUUAA